AUGAAGUUAAAAGUAGCAUUAUUACAGUUGAAUCCAAGAAUUGGAAAGAUCAAUGAGAAUAUUUCCAAUGUUUAUAAAUUAUUAUCAUCAUCGACCCAACAACAGACUACAAUUACAACAACAAAACAACAAUUGAAUAAUAAAUUUGAUUUAAUAGUAUUACCAGAAUUAGCCAUUACAGGAUAUAAUUUUCCUAAUAGUACCGCCAUCAAACCAUAUUUAGAAUCAAUUGAUAAAUUUGGUCCAUCAUUAAAUUUAGGACGUGAAUUAAGUAUUAAAUAUCAAUCUAUGUUAGUCAUAGGAUAUCCGGAAUUUUCUCAUGGUGAUAAUAAAAUUUAUAAUAGUUGUGCUGUUUUCAAUCGAUGUGGUCAAUUGAUUUAUAAUUACCGGAAAACUUUUCUUUAUGAAACUGAUGAAAUUUGGGGAUGUAAUGAAAAUCCCAUUAAGGGGUUCCCGUCAAUAGAAUUAGAUUUUUCCCUUAACAACAACAACAACAACAACAACAAUAAAAAAAAAAUUGACAAAAAUGUCAAUGAGAAUUCUAAAUCAACCCUGUUGUUGAUUACUACAAAUAUUGGUAUAUGUAUGGAUCUAAAUCCUUAUAAAUUUGAAGCUCCAUUUAAUAAAUUUGAAUUCAGUAUGAGUUCAUAUUCUCAACGAGCAAAAUUAUUAAUUUGUCCUAUGGCAUGGUUAAAUCCAAGUUCACCAUCGAUUCUUGAUAAAGAAGAAUUUGAUAAAUCAGAUAAAUUGGAAUUAGCUCAAGAAUUAGAAUUAGAAUUGAAAAAUCUGGAUUUUGUUGAACCAAAUUGGUCCACAAUAAACUAUUGGAUAUUAAGAUUUUUCCCUUAUCUAUCUCAUAAAUAUAGUAUCAUGCCUAAAUGGUUCAACAAAAUCAAAGAUAAUAAUGAUGAAAAAAUAACGGUUAUAUGUUGUAAUCGAGUUGGAGUCGAAGAGGAUGUGGUAUAUGCUGGAAGUAGUUGUAUUUUGCAAUUUAAUAAUCAUGAUAAAUAUAAUGAUGCUACUGAUUUAACCAAUAAAAGUGUUGAAUUAAUUGGUAAUUUGGAUCAAAUUAAUGAAGGGAUAUUGAUUAAAGAAAUUGAUAUUUAA